AUGUCAACCCCUCUUGCGAUUGUCCCUCCCGAAAUCGCCGAGAUAGUCACCCGGAAGAAAGCACGAUACGGCCGAUACAUCGACACCAAGCAAUGGGACAAGUUUGACCAAAUCGCAUUGCCGGACGCCAAACUAAGUUUCUACGAUGCCGACGGGUCCGUCUUAAAGGCUGGGAAUACUUCAUUCCAGUUCCAAUCUUCUGCUGCAUUUACAACAUUUUUUCGCAAGUUCUUUGCAAACGCCCAGACACUACACAUGUUCGGACCCGGAGACCUGCAACUCGAAGCCCCUGGUGAGGUGAGAGCCAUCUGGGGCAUGGAAGAUCAAAUCAUACUGAAACACACUGCCGGAUUGGUGGAGAUCCGUGGCGGAGGGUAUUAUCAUGAGACAUGGACGAUGAAGGAUGGUGACUGGUUCUUGGAAUCGCUGGAAUUGAAGAGGACCUACCAAAAAUCAACCCUCGUGACGAAGAUUCUCAUAUUCUUGGAUAGACGUCUCAAGCUUUCUUUUUUUUAG